UGACUGUCGUCUCUCUCUCCUCUAGGGGGAGACCACAGAACCUGAGGCCAUGCCCCAUGAGAAGAGUUUUUUGGUGUCUGGGGACAGCUAUCCUCCCCCCAACGCUGGAUAUCCUGGGGGUCCCCAGCCCCCCCUGCCUCCCUACCCUGGGGCCCCUUAUCCACAGCCCGCAUUCCAGCCUUCACCCUAUGGCCAGCCAGGGUAUCCCCAGGGUCCCAGUUCCUACCCGCAAGGGGGCUACCCGCAGGGCCCCUACCCGCAAGGGGGCUACCCGCAGGGCCCCUACCCCCAAGGGGGCUACCCCCAGGGGCCAUACCCCCAAGGGGGCUACCCCCAGGGGCCAUACCCACAGAGCCCCUUUCCCCCCAACCCCUAUGGGCAACCACAGGCCUUCCCGGCACAGGACCCUGGCUCACCUCAGCAUGGAAACUAUCACGAGGAGGGACCCCCAUCCUACUAUGACAACCAGGACUUCCCUGCCACCAACUGGGAUGACAAGAGCAUCCGCCAGGCCUUCAUCCGGAAGGUGUUCCUGGUGCUGACCCUGCAGCUGUCCGUGACCCUGUCCACCGUGGCUGUGUUUACAUUUGUCACCGAGGUGAAGGGCUUCGUUCGGGAGAACGUCUGGACCUACUAUGUCUCCUAUGCCGUCUUCUUCAUCUCCCUCAUCGUCCUCAGCUGCUGUGGGGACUUCCGACGAAAACACCCUUGGAACCUCGUUGCACUGUCAAUCCUGACCAUCAGCUUGUCCUACAUGGUGGGCAUGAUCGCCAGCUUCUACGACACCGAGGCCGUCAUCAUGGCCGUGGGCAUCACCACCACUGUGUGCUUCACAGUGGUCAUCUUCUCCAUGCAGACCCGCUACGACUUCACGUCGUGCAUGGGCGUGCUCCUGGUGAGCAUGGUGGUGCUCAUCGUCUUUGCCAUUCUCUGCAUCUUCAUCCGCAACCGCAUCCUGGAGAUUGUGUACGCCUCGCUCGGCGCACUGCUCUUCACCUGCUUCCUGGCAGUGGACACCCAGCUGCUGCUGGGGAACAAGCAGCUGUCACUGAGCCCGGAGGAGUACGUGUUCGCAGCGCUCAACCUGUACACGGACAUCAUCAACAUCUUCCUAUACAUCCUCACCAUCAUCGGCCGCGCCAAGGAGUAGCUGGGCCCCAGCGCGCACGCGGGGCCCCACGCAGGCGGUGUGGCUGGCGUGGCAGUGCCAUCUGGACCUCCCCUCUCCCUCCCCGGGCGCAGCCUGGGACAGAGGAAGCCCCCUCCGACCCUCCUGUGUGUACACUGCAGAUACUUCCAUUCGGACCCACUGUGGCCAGCAUGGCCCCUUGCAGCCCUCCCGCCCCACCAACGGGCAGCAGGGCGGCGUUUCCGUGCCACCUCCUACCCACUCCCUGUUGCAUGAGCCUUGUCUGCCAGCCCACCCCGGGGGGCAACACCUGGUCCCAGGGGAGAGGGAUCGAGCCAAGGAGUGAGGGUGCACGUCUCCGCUCCUGUCCCUGCUCCCCGCCCAGCAUAGAGUAUCCCCUGCCCCUCCCCAGCCCACCCCUGGAGUGCUGCCCUCUGGGGGACCUGAGGGGUGAGGGGCUCGUCCCUGUGCUGAGCUCUGAGGGCAGAGAGGGUGGACUAUUCCGGGGGAGGAUGCCCUCCUCUCGUUCUGCUGUCUUUAAAACUCCAAUAAAGGGGACCCUCUGCUCUCUG